AGCAGAGCCCGCCGCCGCCCCCUCUCGCCGGCUGAUUGGCCCGCUCGGUUACAUGCCCGCGAGGGGAAUGCCCUUCUCGACGGGAAAUCUUUGAAACUAUGGGCCUCGAAACUCGCCCUGGCCUACGGGCGGAGGGGGUGGGGGGAGAGAAAAAGGCGGGUCUCUUGUUUCCUAGGCUACAAAGAGAAAGAGCGGCGGCAAGAAGGGCGGAGAAGCUGGGGAGGGGGCAAAAAAGCGAGAGAGAGGGAGAAAAGAAAGGCAGGCAGGAAGAAGGGCAGCGUGUCGCUCAGCUUCUCCGGCAGCGCCCAUUGGUGAAGGCGAGCCAACCACGUGACGGAACGCCCAGCUUCGACCUGAUUGGCAGUUCCCUCGGUUACGGGCUAUGAGGGGGCGGGAAGGGCUGCGUCCUGGCAGCGCCAGCAGCAGUAGUGCCGCCGCCGCCGCCGCCGCCGCCGCCGCGUUCGCUGUGGUCCCUCGAAGGCGGCUCCGGCCAUCGGCGAGCAUCGCCUCGAGUCAGCGGUGGUUGACGCGCUCCCCGCCUUCGGGUUCCCUUCCGCCCUUGGAUUCCCUCGUCGUUUGAAGCCAUGGCGGCGGCGGAAGAUGCGGUGGCGGCGGCGGCGGCGGCAGCCGGGUGACGCCCGAGGCGGCGGAUGAGCGGCGGCCGACCGAGCUCUGGCGUGGGAAGAGGAUGCGGGAGUACAAGGUGGUGGUGCUGGGCUCGGGCGGGGUGGGCAAGUCGGCGCUCACCGUGCAGUUCGUGACGGGCACUUUCAUCGAGAAGUACGACCCCACCAUCGAAGACUUCUACCGCAAGGAGAUCGAGGUGGACGCCUCGCCGUCGGUGCUGGAGAUCCUCGACACCGCCGGCACCGAGCAGUUCGCCUCCAUGCGGGACCUGUACAUCAAGAACGGGCAGGGCUUCAUCUUGGUCUACAGCCUGGUCAACCAGCAGAGCUUCCAGGACAUCCGCCCCAUGCGCGACCAGAUCAUCCGCGUCAAGAGAUAUGAGAAGGUACCUGUAAUCUUGGUUGGAAAUAAAGUGGAUUUGGAGAGUGAGAGAGAAGUUUCAUCCAGUGAAGGCAGAGCUCUGGCUGAAGAAUGGGGUUGUCCUUUUAUGGAGACAUCUGCUAAAAGCAAAACCAUGGUGGAUGAGCUCUUUGCAGAGAUUGUCAGACAAAUGAACUAUGCCUCUCAACCGGAUAAAGAUGACCCGUGCUGCUCUGCAUGUAAUAUACAAUAGCAUUCCAAGGAUGGAAUUGGACCUCAUUUGCUGUAUUUGGGUAAGGUGACAGAAUAGACUAUUUCACUCUGUGAUUUAAAGUUGGUCAAAAAUUCAAAGUGGAGUAGCACUGACCCUCCAAGUGAAACAUAAAUAUGGAUCAGUUUAGUUAAAAAGAAAAAAAAAAAGAAAUUGAGAAGCUUUAUUUGCCUGCAGCACAACUUCUGCAUGUUCUACUCUGGCUUAGCCAACAGAUUACAGGGUGAGCACAAUCCGUGCACAUUGGCUUGUCAGGUAACAGCUACUGCUUUAAAUUAAGAAAAGUUUUCGGUGAAAAGGAGCCCACCAGCAAAGACCUUUUGCACUCUUGCCUAUUCUGUACUGAUAAGGAAAGAUUUAACAAAAGGUAUCUCCUUACUGAAUUUCAGGACUUUUAUCACUUGUGGCCAAAUCAGUCAAAUAUGCUAAUUUUAUUUUUUGACGCAAGUGUUGAUCAAUUGAUUGGCAAGCUAAUAUAUAGUUCUGUUAUUUCUUUUACAUUCAUUAUUUUCUGUGAUCCCAUAAUGCAAAAAGGAAAAUGCUCCAUCAGUACUUGAACGGAAAGAGAGAAGCUCUGGAAAAAACAAACAAACCAACAGCUUGUAA